CUUCGUUCUCGCGAGAUCCAAUAAUCCCCGUCUACCUUUGUUUUUCCCAUUCCCUCUUUCUUUCAGUCGGUACUCAAGGUAUCAUCAGACUCGGCAUCGCAAGCAUCACAAGCAGAAGCAGAGGAUUAGGGGCAGCACAAGAUGUCCCACCAAGAUAGCCGAGCGCGCGUCCGCGCCGAGCCUUCCACGUCCCCUCCACCCCUUGUUCGGGAUAGUCCUCCGACCAACUCCCCUCCCCAGCGCCGUGAUGGAAAUGGCAGCAAAGAAAGAGACGUCAAGAGCCAGAGAGCAGCUGGGACGGACCUACCGACGGCAGCAGAGCUGUUUGUACCUUCAUUACCGGGUAUACCGAAUUUGGCUACGCAUCCGACACAUCCACUACAAGUAUACGCCGGAAUGCUACCUUCGUACCCUGGAGAAGGAAAUGGAGGUGGAGAAGGGGAUGUGGGGAAGGAUGCCAAGCUGUUCUUCCUCAUGUCCAAAGCCCGACGCUCCGCCGGUCCCCAACGCCUCAUAUUCUGGUUCAACGGCGGGCCCGGAUGUAGCAGCUUCGAUGGAAGUCUGAUGGAAGUCGGACCCUUCCGUACCGUCCCCGCCUCUGAGACCACAUCCGGCAAAGUGGAAGUCAAGUUGGUAGAAGGCGGGUGGGAAGAGUUUGCGACGGUGGUAUUCGUGGACCAGCCGCCGGGAACUGGGUUCAGUUAUGUCCCCACGAAUGGGCAUUUACAUGAUUUUGACGAGUUAUGCGCGCAUCUGAUACAAUUCCUCCAAAAUUUCUAUACCGUCUUCCCCGAGUUGUCCGGUAUCGACACCUACCUCGCAGGCGAAUCGUUCGCCGGGCAGUACAUCCCCUUCUUUGCCGAUGCCCUCCUCAAAACACCUCUCUUACCCCAUUUCCCUUUGAAAGGUAUCGCCAUAGGAAACGGCUGGAUCGACCCUAUAGAGCAGUAUCCUGGUUAUGCGGAUUUCGCUUAUGAGAAGGGUUUGAUCAAGGAGGGGAGCGCGGAAGCGGAUGCCUUGGAAGCUGCAUUGGCAAAGUGUAGGGAAGAGAUGGAAAAGUAUAAGGAUCCGUUUACGACGCCGGUGAAUAUCAACAACUGUGGGGAGGUUAUGGAUGCCGUUUCGGACCCUUUUACUCAAACAUUGAAUGGGAAGAAGGUGUGUAUGAAUGUGUAUGAUGUGAGGUUGGUGGACGACUGGCCGGCUUGUGGUAUGAACUGGCCCCCAGAUUUGUCGGACGUCUACGACUUUCUCCGCCAAGACGAAGUCAUCUCUGCCCUCCACGCUACGGCAAAAGAAACCGCCUGGGUCGAAUGCGAUACCAAAGUAUCCCACGAACUACACCUCAAAAAUUCACAUGCCUCUUCCGCGCUCUUACCCGGCAUCCUGGAAGCGGGCGUGCCGGUGAUGCUAUUCGCAGGAGCAGAGGAUUUGAUCUGUAAUUAUAAAGGUAUCGAGAGGAUCGUUGGGUCUUUGGAAUGGCAUGGCGAGAAAGGUUUCGGGAACGCGACGAGCCAAGAAUGGUACCUCAACAACACCCUCGUAGGCAGCUGGCAAUCCUCCCGCAACCUCACCUACACCAAAGUCGACGCUUCCUCCCACAUGGUCGGAUUCGACGUACCGCAAGUCACCAACGACAUGAUCAUGCGCUUCAUGGGCGUCGACCUCUCGCUCUUACCCGGGGGUAUCGCGCAGUGGGAGAGCCGAGUAGGGAGUGAUGAGCGCGUGGGACUGCAUCUUGGGGAAGGGAAAGGGGACGGAGGGAUGGCGUUGAUAAAGGGCGGCAAGACGGAUUGGGAGGCGUGGUAUAACGCGGCAUCGGCGUUUAUCGUGCUUGGUGUCCUCGUCGGUAUCGUGGGGCUGUAUUUCUAUUUCAGGAAGAAGCCGCCUCAUCGCCGAGCUGGACGGAAAGGGUCCUAUAGACGAGAGAGGCAGUGGGAUAGGGGCAGGGAGGCAGAAGAAGGGGAUGCGGCGGAGAGGGUACCGCUGGGGAGUGAGAGGGUGGAGAUGGAGGAUAUAGAGAGGGCGGAGGGGUAUGAGUUUGAGGAGCGAGAGGGCUCGACGAGGUGGAAGGGGAAAGGAAAGGGCAAGGGGAAGGAGAGGGAAGAGGGCGAGGUGAUGUUUUCGUUGGGGGAGGAUGAGGAGGAUGAGCACAAGUAG